AUGGUGAAGAAUGGUCCCAGUCCGACGAAAACAUUUUACUGCACAGAGAAAGAGGAAUCUGAGUUACCGCCGGAGACUCUCCUUAAUGCGUUGAAGGAUGACAUAGAGAUUAAUAUCUUGAAGAUAUUCUUAGAGACAGCCUAUGAAUCCCUGCUGUUGAGUGGUCGAAGAAAGAUGGAGGAGAAAGCCAUUGAGAGUUUCGAAAGAUCAUCCCAAGUCUUCGUACAAGAAGAAGAAACACGUUCUUCAGAGGAAGAGGUGAUAAAGCUGAUGCAACUGAUGAAUCUUAUGCCUCUUGGAAACAGAGAAUCUCGUUUAACGGGUCUUGAUGUUGAUGAUGACGGAAAGAGUUGGAAACUCGUGCGAGAAACUGUAGAACGCAGAGGAAGGAGAUUCAAAUGCGAUCAAGAAUUAGCUGUUAAGAUGAUAUUGAAUAAUGCAUCGAAGAUUGAGUCCAGUUUCCAGGAGGCUUUGGAAGAAGAAACAUCAUCUUCUUCAAUAAGAUGGGGCUUUGCAGAGGCUAAAGACGAAGUGGUCUCUCUUGGAUUUAAGUUAUCCCAUGCCCUCAUCAAGAUCACUCUAUUGCGUGUUCAUGAAAGCGAGAGAGAGAAACAGUUGUGGCUUAGGAAUUUGAUAUUUGAGAGCUCUUUCAAGAAACGAUCCGCGGUGAUGUAUUUGUUCGAUUUUUUGCUCUACAAGUCUGAAGAGUUCGCCGAAUGUGUUGUUAUGGAGGAGAGCGGGAAAGAUAAUCCAAGUGAUCUGAGCAUUCCUGAACCUGAAGAAGAUAGAAUCGGACUUGAGCUACUUGACCGACUUGCUCAUGCACUCUGUCGCUUACAAUUACUGGCGACGAAUCUUUCCUUGACAAAAGGAGAGUUGAAUGCAGUAACUUCUGAGCUUCUUCAAUGCGUUAUGGAUGUGAAAUAUGUGGAAAAGACCAUUGGUUCUCUGAUGAAGGGACGAUCUCUAAAAUUGAAACAUAAAGCAAAACAGAGUUUGCCAAUGAAGAAGAGAUCUGAGACUAUCUUCUGGGCGAAAGUGAAUGGAGAGAUGAACAAGUGUUGGGGUGAGUCUUUCUGGAAGUAUGUUGAAGCAGCAAGCCACUUGGAAUCUGUGGUUUCAUCUCACCAAAUCGUUUAUGCACUCUGUAAGUUUUUCGUUUUCGGGUUUGAAUCAUAAGGAUCAGUGUAUCACUGUUACAGAGUAGGACAGAGAGAGAGUACUGCUUAAUUUUUGCUGGUUACGUGACAUACAAGGAAUAUGAAACCUUCUACUGAAA